AUGCGACUAAAAACGAAAGCAGCUAAACGUCUUUUAACUUCAUCAUCUUCUGUUGAUCAUGAAGCUAUUACACAUAUUGAUAAAGAACAAAAAACGACAACAAUUAUUAAUAAAUCAAAUAAUCUUAAAUUGACGAAUGAAAAUUCACAGGACGAACAAAAUAAUAAACGAAUCACUAUGAAAUGUACAAAUCUUGAAACACAACAAAAUGAAGAAACUAUUGAAGAAUCUAUGAUUAAUAAUCAUUCAUUCAAUGAAGCUGAUGAAUAUCAUCAACAACAAAGAAUGUACGAACGUAUAAAUAAUCAUCAAAAUACAUCAAAUUCAAGUGAAACAAGUGAAUGUGAAAAUCGUUUGUAUACAUGUAAUGAUUGUGGAAAAGGUUUUCAAACAUCGUCUGGUUUAAAACAACAUCGAAAUAUUCAUUCAAGUAUUAAACCAUGGAAAUGUGAAUUUUGUACAAAAUCUUAUACACAAUUUUCAAAUUUAUGUCGUCAUAAACGUUCACAUGCCAAUGUAAAAACACAAAUUGAAUGUAAAGAUUGUGGACAAGGAUUUCAAAGUCAUAUUGCUUUGAAUAAACAUCGAAGUUCAUGUAAAGAACGAAAUCUCUCAACAUCAAUGAUAACACCAAAUUUAACUGCUUUACUUCCAUUUAUUGAUGCAACAUCAUUAAAAGAAUGUAUAACAAAUAAAAAAUUUGAAGAACCAAUUGAUUUAUCUAAAACAUUAAAACGUACAAGACAAUCAUCUAUUGAUCAACCAAUUGAUUAUUCAUUAAUGAAUAAACGUCCUGAUUUUAAUUUACAACAUACAUCACAUAUAUUUGGUGAUAAUCAAGAAAAAAAAUUUAAAAAAACUAAUGUUGAUCAUGAUGAGAAAGAUGAAAUAGCAGAUGAACAUCAAUUAUUAUUAUUAAUAAAAAAACAAAUUAAAGAAUAUGAUGAACAUAGACCAUUAACACCAAUAUCAUCAUCAUCAUCAUCAUCAUCAAGUCCAUCUAAUAUAAUAUCAUUAGAUAAAAAAAUUAUUUCAAAUGAUAUUCCACCAACACCAGCAAUGACAAUACGUAGUCAUGAUCGAUAUUGUUGUUCAUAUUGUUCAAAAACAUUUCCACGUAGUGCCAAUCUUACUCGACAUCUAAGAACACAUACAGGAGAACAACCAUAUGUCUGCAAAUUUUGUAAUCGAAGUUUUUCAAUAUCAUCAAAUUUACAACGACAUAUACGAAAUAUUCAUAAACGUGAACGACCAUUUCGUUGCACAUAUUGUGAUAAAUGUUUUGGUCAACAAACAAAUCUUGAUCGACAUAUGAAAAAACAUUUAUCACAAUUAUCAUCAAUAUUAUCUUUAGCAAAUUCAUCAUCGAAUAUUUCAUUAAUACCAUCAACAUCAUUUAUUCUUAAUUCAAAUUCAAAUUCAAAUGAAAAUUUACCACAAAAUUCAACUGAUGAUGAUGAUGAUGACGAUGAAGAUUCAAGUGGAUUAACAGAUGAAGAUGAAGGAGAAGAUGAAGAAGAAGAAAACGAAGAAGAAGAAAAUAUUGAUGAAGAAGAUGAAGAUUUAGAAACAAAUUCAUUAUCAAUUGAUAAUACUAAUGAAACUGUAAAACAUCAAACUAGUUCAACAUUCGUCUAA